UACAUUCUUCUUCGCAUAAUUUUGUUUCACAAGCGUCAGAUCGCGUUUAAGCCCUAGCAGUAACCAAGCGGAGCAGCUGCGUAUCAUCCUUGAAAUCGUUUCAAUCCACCCUUCGGCCGUCGCCCUUAUGGCUCGAUUUCUAUCGAGAUCCACUCGCCAGCUAAUUGGCAGCCAAUACGUUCUGCAACCACAGCAACAUGUAGUCCCAACUCGCUCCUUUGCCAAAGAGGCUUCCCCUAAAGCUCUUAAGGGUGAUGAAAUGUUGAAGGGUAUAUUUCUUGAUGUGAAGAAGAAAUUUGAAACAGCUGUUGGAGUUCUUCGCAAAGAGAAAAUUACUAUUGAUCCUGAAGAUCCUGCUGCUGUUGAUCAGUAUGCCAAAGUCAUGAAGACUGUAAGGGAAAAGGCAGAUCUGUUUUCAGAGUCACAGAGGAUCCAAUUCACCAUCAAGUCAAGAACUGAUGGAAUCCAGGAUGCUAGAUCUUAUCUGUUGGUUUUGAAGGAUAUUCGUCUCAAGAGAGGUCUUAGUGAUGAACUAGGUGCAGAGGCAAUGAUGAUGGAUGCACUUGAGAAAGUGGAGAAGGAAAUUAAGAAGCCACUUAUGAGGAAUGACAAGAAGGGAAUGGCUCUCCUCAAUGAAGAAUUCAACAAGAUCAACCAAAAGCUUGGCAUACGGAAGGAAGACUUGCCAAAAUACGAGGAACAAUUGGAGAAAAAGAUUGCCAAGGCACAACUGGAAGAGCUGAAGAAGGAAGCUCUUGAAGCUAUGGAAACACAGAAGAAAAGGGAGGAGUUUGCUGAUGAGGAAAUGCCGGACGUGAAGUCUCUGGACAUCCGAAACAUGCUUUGAAUUGACAAUCAUUCAUUUGGGUUUGGUUUUUUAAUAAUAUAAGCUGCUCAUUUUGAUUUGAGGCAUUCAAGUUUAAUUAAGAAGAAGAAGAUGAUGAUGAUGAUGAUUAUAUCCUCUGCUGUUGUGUCUACCCUAUCAAAAGUAGUUGUCUCCAAUCAUAAAUAAAUGUUUGAUUUUUGGAACUCAAAAUUCUCGUCCCCGACUUAUUUAAAUGUUUUUUUCCAUGUAAAACUCAACGGCUUCAAGAUAUUUCUUCUAAUCAGUUUUAUGGACCUCAUAUAUAUUGAGGCAUGGAAAUAUGAUUAUUGAAAAGGGCGUGUGACAUUUUA